AUGACCAGCUAUGCCGGUGCGGUCCUGGCGGAGUAUGUCUGGCUGGAUGCCAAGCAGGUUCCAAGGUCCAAGACGAUGACCAUGACGACACUGCCGACUUCUGUGGAAGGGCUUCGUGUGUGGAACUAUGACGGCAGCAGCACGGAGCAGGCGGAUGGCAACAACUCUGAGGUCUACCUCUACCCCAAGGCGAUCUUCAAGGAUCCGUUCCGCGGAAGCCCCCAUAUCCUGGUGCUGGCCGAAUCCUACAAUGCUUGGGAUGGUCAGCCGGCAAUUGGCAAUACGCGUGCCGCCUGUGCGCAGAUCAUGGAGAAGUACGAGCAUUUGGAUCCUUGGUUUGGCAUCGAGCAAGAGUACACCUUAAUGAGGCCCGGGAAGGUCGGAGAGGAGGCAAAGAUCCCACUAGGCUUCAACGAGGAUGGCUCGGAGCCAGCGCCGCAAGGGCCCUACUACACCGGUGCAGGCUUCGGCGUUGCCAUUGGCCGGCCCGUCGCGGAGGAGCACUACAUGAAGUGCUUGCAGGCUGGCGUUAAAAUCGCUGGCGUCAACGCAGAGGUCAUGCCUGGCCAGUGGGAGUUCCAAGUUGGGCCUUGCCGGGGCGUGGAGAUGGGAGAUCAUCUCACCAUUGCGCGCUACAUCAUGCUGCGGAUCACCGAGAGCCACAGCUGCGUGUGCUCUUUCUCGCCCAAGCCAAUGGAGGGUGACUGGAAUGGUGCCGGCUGCCACACGAACUUUUCUGUCACGCCAAUGCGUGAGGAAGGCGGCUACGAGCUCAUCAUAAAAGUUUGCGAGGCCUUCGGCAAGGUUGCCGCCGAGCACAUUGCCGAGUACGGAGAAGGCAAUGAGAAGCGCCUCACAGGCAAGCAUGAGACCUGCGCCAUCACUGACUUCAAGUAUGGAGUCGCAAACCGCGGUGCUUCCAUCCGCAUCCCGCGCGAGACGGAGAAGAGCGGCAAAGGCUACAUGGAAGAUCGCCGUCCAGCUGCCAACUGCGACCCUUACAAGGUUACGGCCAGGAUGAUGAAGACGACAGGAGAGUGCCUCGAAGCAGAGUGA